GACCGACAAACACUGACCAUGUUCCGCACAACAAAAGAGGACAGUGGUACAUAUCAGUGUAAUGCGAGUAACGCUGUCGGUUGGGAUAUCAUGGAAUAUAUAGUUCGUGUUCGAGUUCCACCAACCUUCGACACAUCAAAUGUACAACCUGAGGUACACUGGUUCGUCAAUCAGACUCGUUCCUUGGAUUGUACCCUGAUGGAAGGUAUUGAUCCACCACCACAAAUCAAGUGGGAACGUCAUGGUGUGCCUGUGGUCACCGGUCCGGAUGUCCAAGUUUCUUUGGAUGGAAGCAAACUGACCGUGCCACUAGUACAAGCCAGAGAUGCUGGGGAAUAUGUGUGCCACGCUCAGAACGAGGUUGGAAAAUCCACUCAAGUGUUCAAUGUACUCGUUUAUGUUCGGCCCAGAUUUAUCGACCCAACACGUCGAACACACAUUCAGGCCAUUCAGAAUGAGACCAUACAACUGGCUUGUGAAGCUACCGGCGAACCAAGACCACGUUUUGCUUGGUUCAAACGGGAUGUGGAAAUUCUCCGUCCGAAAGUGAUCUCUCCACAUUUUGAGGGCUCCCAAAGAUCGAAUAUUGCUAUUUUAAGUGGUGAUCAACUGUUGCAGAUUGCUAAUAUUCAGCUGGAAGACAAAGUACCACCCACUAUACUGAAGCGCGAAAGCGCCUUGGAAGAACACCGAACCAGAGAAUUCGUCCCCAUCACAUUCUACUGCUUAAUCCGUGACUUCAAUCAAACCGCACCGGAGAUCACUUGGACGAAAGAUGGUGCACCAGUGCUCAUGUCGGCAGACGGUGACUAUUUCGUCAUUCAUGAUCACGGACAAAGUUUAACCGUGGUUCGACCGACAACUGCAGAGGCCGGUACCUAUCGUUGUUUGGCCCGUAAUCGUGCUGGCGAAGAUAGUCAUACUUACCAACUCGCUGUGAUUGGUAAGCUUUGUUUGUCAAUUAUCCGGUACAUCAGUCGAUAUGAAUAUUAUUUUAGAAUUGUCUCUUUCAGCCUUCGAGACAGUUGCACAGAAUAG